CGCGCCUUAAGGUCUCGGGCCGUUGUCGUCGUUGUGGCUUGCAAUAGAGUGUCAUACGAAUUGAGGAGGUGUGUUUUGAUGAUCAUAACUACCACCAUCACCAUCAUCACACCUAGCAGUACUAUUCAUCAUGGAGAAAGAACGAUUGGAAAAGUUGCUCAAGAAUCGUAGCGACUUGAAAGAAUUGCAAGACAAGAACAUUCUCAAAACUGGUAACCUUGCGCCCGCUUUGCAAGCAGCUUCGGCAGAUUUACAAAAAUCUCAAUUGGAAGAUAAACUUGAAGGUCGUUUAGAACGUAGACCUGAACGUGAAGAAUUGGAAAGACGUGGAAUUUCUGGCUUACUCCUUUUUGCCAUUCCCGUACAACAGCUCAAAGAUCAAAAUGUAGCUCCUGCUCUACAAGGCAAAAUGAGCGAUUUGGAAAGAAGUCAAUUGGAAGACAAGCUCGGCAAGGAGUUCGCUUCUAGACCAGAUGUGGAUCAAUUGCGUGCAAAGGGUAUCUUGAAAGAAGGCGAAUAAGUGUUCGUGUUUGCUGUCUCGUCUGGAACGUUUGGCGACCUUUGUGUAUUCCUUGUAUCCCUCUGUCCCCUACUUAUUCUCACUUAUGUACCACAGUCAUCUUUUUUUAUGAGAUUG